CCACAGGGCGACAAACUGCCCUCCAUUUUCAUGGGUGUAGCUACAGAUCGAAUUGACGUCGUCUCUGUAAAGCAACCCAAUAUUGUUAAUGGCUUGUGGAUUCACGUGGUUCGAUUUUCAAUCCAAUAUCUCCAUCCACCUUUUCCUUAUAUAGGAGAGCAAUAAUCGCACCCCCAUACCCCAACAAUAAUCAACUCUAAGCGACAAGAUCCAUGGCCGGCGGCGACCGAAAGAUGCACAUAGUGGUGUUCCCAUGGCUGGCCUUCGGCCACAUGAUUCCGUUCAUGGAGCUUGCCAAGUUCAUGGCCAAGAAGGGCCACAAAGUUUCCUUCGUUUCCACCACUAGGAACAUCGAGCGACUGCCCAAGCUGCCCCCGGAGUUCGAAUCCCUUAUAGAUCUCGUCAAGCUCACGCUGCCGCCCGUUGAGGGACUCCAGCCGAACGCCGAGGCCACCACUGAUGUCGGAUUCGAUGAGGUACACUUCCUCAAGGCGGCGUUCGACAAGCUGGAGCCCGAGUUCACUCGUUUCAUCGAGUCGUCUCCUCCCGAUUGGAUCAUCCACGACUACGCCCAUUGGUGGGUGGCUCCGGCGGCUCGCAAGGUCGGAAGCUUAUGUAUCUUCUUCUCCAUCAUGUCCGGCUGGUUCACGGCCCUCGCCGGACCGCCCAAGAAGUUGCUCGAUCCUUCCGGGCCCCCGCCGCCGCCGCCGGAGGGGCGCCAGCCGGAUUUCAUCCCGUUCCCUACCGACGUGACUUUCCGGCCGUACCAGCUCCGGCGGAUGAUGAAACUCGCAGGGACAGCCAACGCGUCCGGAGUCACCGACUUCUACCGUCACGGAUCGUCGGUGACCGGCAGCGAAGCCUUCGCGCUCCGGUACUGCAGAGAGUUCGAGGGCCAGUGGCUGCCCGUCCUCGAAAAGCUCAACGAGAUACCGUCUAUUCCCGUCGGCAUAAUGCCGGCGGUGGUGCCGGAAGAUUCCCCGACGGAGCCGCCGAAUCCACAGUGGGUAUCGAUCAAAGACUGGCUCGAGAAGCAAAGCCCCGAGUCUGCAGUCUACGUUGCUCUGGGAAGCGAGGUGUCGUUGACUCAGGAAGAACUCACUGAGUUGGCUCACGGGUUGGAGCUCUCCGGCAUGCCCUUCUUCUGGGCGCUGAAGAAGUCCAAGUCCGUGCAGCUACCGGACGGAUUCGAAGAACGGAUCGGAGAUCGUGGCAUCGUGUGGAGCGGCUGGGCGCCUCAGGUUCGGAUAUUAGCUCACCCAUCGGUGGGCGGCUUCUUGACUCACUGUGGAUGGAGCUCGACCAUAGAAGGAAUCCAAUUCGGGCGGCCAUUGAUUAUGCUGCCUUUCAUGGUGGACCAAGGACCCAACGCCUUGCUGCUGGCCGGGCGGCAGCUUGGGCUGGAAAUACCGCGAGACGAAACAGACGGGUCGUACACGAGAAACGACGUGGCCGAGACGAUCAAGGCAGUCGUGACCGGGAAGAUCUACAGGGAGAAAAUAAAGGAGCAGAGCGUCGUAUUCAGCGACAAAGCCCUUCACGAUCGGUACUUGGAGGAAUUUCUUGAGUUUCUUGAAAAUCACAGAAAGAGCAAGGCGAAGGCGGUGAAGAAGGCAGAGUAGCAGCAGCUGCCAUCCCCAUCUCCAUCGGUUUUCGUUUUUUAUUUUCAAUUUUGCUGGAUUGAUCGUUUUUUGUUAUUAUUUUUAAUUUCAAUAAAUCUGGUUUUGCUGGAA